CUUUGUGAUAUCUUCGUCACUACAACCACUCGGCUCACUCGUGAACGAAGUAUGAGGACAUCAUGGAGAAAAUAAACAGAUAUGAGGAUGACGUCUACUGUUACAAGUGAAAUCAGAGAACAGGAAGCUUUCUUCAGUAUAACCAUAAUGCAGCGUCUGCUCGAUAUCAAUUAUAACUACCGGAGUAAGCUGCUUAUGAAAGGACCUACAGAGAACCUACAACCAAAGCCCCUCCACUGCCCCAUCUGGAGGAUAAACUGUUCCUUUUCCAUUAUCUACUUACAUCCCACCAUUAAUCCCACCUUUGCCUUAAAAGAAAACUAAAAAAAGAGAGACACAGACAAUGGCAGUUUUAAAGGUGAAAUUCACUAAGACCAGAAGGGACAAGCUGGCCCAGAUCCUCUGGAUCCUCAACUGGAUCUCUGUGGUUACAGGGGCCAUCCUGUUCUGCUUGGGACUCUUCCUCAAGGUGGAGAUCAACAAGCGUGAAGAGCUGAUGGCAGAGAAGGACAUCCACUACGUUCCCAACAUGCUGAUAGCUGUGGGUCUCAUUGCUUGUGUUAUCAACUUCCUGGGUGGGAAGAUCUGCUAUGACUGUGUGGACACCGUCAAGUUCUUGCGCUGGAAACUGAUAAUGCUGCCCUACAUUGUGUGCACCUUCUUUUUUACCCUGUGCGUGCUUGUGGGGGCUUUGAUGUGUUACAGCAUGCACUGGGAGCUGGAGGAGGCUCUGAACCUGGGCCUGAUGCAGGCCAUGAGGUUUUAUAAGGACACAGACAUGCCAGGACGCUGCUUCCUGAAACACACCGUGGAUAUGCUGCAGAUACAGUUUCAGUGCUGUGGGAACAGUGGUUACAAAGACUGGUUUCAAAUCCAGUGGAUAAGCAACCGUUAUUUGGACAUGUCCAAAAAGGAAGUGGUCGAUCGACUGAGGAGUAAUGUAGAGGGGAAGUACCUGAUGGAUGCAGUCCCGUUCAGCUGCUGUAACAUCAACUCACCUCGGCCCUGCAUCCAGCAGCAGAUUACCAACAACUCGGCCCACUUCAACUAUGAGCACCAAACUGAGGACCAGAACCUCUGGAUGAAAGGCUGCCGACAGGCACUGCUGGAGUACUACACCCACAUUAUGCAGUCUAUUGGUCUUACAGUUCUCAUUACAUGGCUCUUUGAGUUAUCAGUUUUGACAGGCGUUCGUUACCUCCAAACCUCCCUGGAAAACAUGGUGAGGCAGGGAGAUCCUAACUCUGAAUCUGACGGCUGGCUCCUAGAAAACAGCCUCAUGGAAACGGCCCGGACCAACCUGAGCAUCAUAAAGAGCCUUGGCAAGAGCAACCAGAUAGACACAGUUGACAAUGGAGACCCCAACAUUGAUGUCCCAUCCACCUCCAAGGCGCAUUACGGCCCAGACAAUGUUCCACCAAAGCAGAAAACGGAAACAAGCUAAGCUGUUUCAGACCAAAAGACCCCAUCGAAGAGCAUCUCCAAAGCAAUGAGCUGUUGUCCUCCUGAUACAGACUACAUCUGUAUUUUUGUUACUUAAAAAGUGUUGAUGGCUGUUUAAAUAUAUAUUAUGGAUGUCAUAUAUAAUAUAUGUAUUUCAAGAUAUUGGUCAACUACAUAUUCAUGGACAUGUUUCAUUGUUGCCAUGUUGGAUUCUUUUGGUGGCAAGACAUGGAGUGAGAUGGUUAAACACGACUAAAGACUAACACUUGUGUCAACUUAACAAAAUAACUUAAUGAAAGCGGCCUUGCCAUUAAUGAUGUUUAAGUUCAAGUUCAUAUUAAAUUUACUGAGCAGGUUUUAAAAAUAGUCCAACUUCUGGUUGCAGUGAUGGAGUAAAGUAUUAAUUGUGUAACACGCCCAACGGUUUUGCUACAGAAAAAUGUUGAGUGGAUUACUUCUUAAAUGCUUACUGUUAAACCAAUGUUUGGGUUUAUUAGUGGGGUAUUCAGGUGUAUAGAAAAUUUGUCCCAUAGAUUAUUCACCAGCUGAAGGCAGACAUACUUGCUCACUUGCAGAAGGACCCUUAGAAGAGGUGGAGAAAACUGUUCACUGAGUACUCCUGUCGCAGCUCCUGGGUUUCUCUUGUGACUAAAGUACCUUAGCUUGUGUAGCCUGACCUUCAUGUCCCAAGAGGGAGGUGCCAUGACAUAUCAUGGAAAAGCUGUUAGUAUUUCUACCCCGGGUCUAGUCAGGCUCAGUCUCUUCCUUAAAGCCUGCCAUGGUUUAAUGAAAACAAAACAAAAAAUUCUCCUACAUGCUUGUUGCCCUUCAAAAAACAAAAUCUGCAAACCAACUAGAUGUUAAGUACUGCUUUCACACAGCUUGCUUUACAAGUUCUGCCAACAAUGGCAGAAGAUGACUGGAGGUACAGUUGGAAAUUAAUUUAUUGUGUCCUUAUUGGUUUUUAUGAACAAUAAAGUUUGUUAAUUAACAGUGGAGGCAGAGCAAUGCAUGUAAUGUUAUAAUUUUAUUUAACAAAAAGAUGAUUAAAACUAUCUGUAAAACUGGCCACUGGGAAUAAAGCACACUUCAUUAAAAAUAGGAAUGCAAUAAAAUACUAAACUAUGUUGCUUUUGGGAAUGAUAGCAGACAUUAAGUUAAUUCAAUGAUUAGUUACAAUCUCAAACCAGUGGUAGGGAAUAUAAGGUCUAAUCCACCUCAUUCCUACAACCCAUAAUGCUUUGUUUGAAUUAUGGCUAUGAAGAGCCUGAAAAGUUCAGUGGCCUAUCUGUACUGUUACAGUAACUGUCGUGAUUCUUUGAGCUUUGUGUUUUUGCUUUGUCCGAAUCCUUUGCUCUGGUUGUUCUAUUUUGAGUUGUUUUGGUGGUUGAUUUAAAUUUAGCUGUUUUCGUAGUUUUCAUUUGUGUUUAGUUGCAGUUCUUGUUAUCUCAUGUUGAUCAAUUUACAGUUUUCCCCGUGUCAACCUGUGUUAUUCUGAUACCUCUGUGUCCUUAGCCAAGUUUCCUCAGGUUCUCAGUAUAGCUCCCCUCACAGCUGCAAUUACUCCUGUUGAUUAGACUCAUUUAGUCCUGCUUUCCACUUUUUCACUGCAGUUUUAAGUCAGUUUCCCAUACUCCUUGCCAGAUUCCUCAAAUAUCUGUUGUUUCCCUGUUGUCAUGCCUUUUCCUUUUGUCCUGCUGUUCUGCUCAUGUCCCUUUCCAUAACUCCUCUGUUAUUGUACGUUUUUUGGGUGCUCAAAAACUUCAUUAAACAUGACAGUAAA